AUGUCGGCCCAGCCCGCGUACGACCAGGCGACCGACCAGGCGACCGCAGCGCCGGUGCCGCCGCCACCCGCGUCCUGCAUCAUCGGCGAACAGCUGUCGGUCGACUCGCAGGACGGCGACUCUGGCGUUGCCGACCUCCCGGGCUCCACCAGCACCUCUCUGUCCUCGCGCAUCACCGACUACCGCUACGAGCAUGGCCGCCGCUAUCAUGCCAUCGAAGACGGCGGCUAUGCGCUGCCGAAUGACGACGAAGAGGUUGAUCGCUUGAAUCUCCAGCACCGAGUCUGGGACAUUGCCCUCGGUGGCAGGCACCAUGUUGUCCCGUUGGACCUUGGUUCCGUUCGCCAUGUGCUCGACAUCGGCUGCGGCACCGGCGCCUGGUGUAUUGAAGUCGCCGACGCCCACCCUCAUCUUCACGUGACGGGCACUGAUCUCUCCCCCAUCCAGCCCCACAAUGUGCCUCCCAAUUGCGAGUUUCUCGUCGACGAUGCCAAUGCCGAUUGGACGUAUGAGCAACGUUUUGAUUACAUCCACACACGCACUGUGCUGCUGGGCAUCAAGGACUGGAACAAGCUGAUGCAGCAGUCCUUCCAGAACCUGCAUCCGGGCGGAUGGGUUGAGUUCCAAGAAUUCCACAUUCCCAUCGGUUGUGAUGACGGCAGCGCUGGGCCGGAUUCAGCCGUCACGAGAUGGAGUCACGCUGUCCAUGAGGCACUCAAGAAUCUGGGGAUUGACUCCAUGGCCACUUCGAGCUUUGGAGAGCUCUUGGGAAAACAUGGCUAUGAGUCGAUUGGAGAGACGCACACCAAAUUCCCCAUUGGCCCGUGGGCGAAAGGAAGAAAAGAAAAAACCAUGGGCACACUGUUCCAGAAGGAUAUUGCAGGCAACCUACUAGGCAUCUCGGUGAAGAUACUGACCAGCGGUCUCGGUUGGACCCAAGAAGAAGUAGAAAAACUCGUCAUUGAGGCAAAGAACGACCUCUACAAUCCUCAGGUUGGUGUCACUCCUGCUUGUGCCGUGAAGUUGGCUCUCACACCGCCCAGAUCCACAGCUAUUUCCCCAUCGACAUCCACUGGGCGCGCCGGCCUGCUGAAAAGCCCGGAGUCUGUGGUGCCUAAGCAUGUCAACGCAGAGGCAGCACUCUUGCUACCAGGCCAGGAGAGAAAGGGGACUUUUCCCCAACUCAGCGAACGAGCUUUACGAAAUACCGUGAUCAUCGUCUUCCGACCUUCUUCGAGGAUUUCUGUCCUUUUGCCACCUGUCGAGUAG